CACUUCCAGACUGUUUCUCUUUUUAGUCCAAUUUAAAUAUCGAUAAUAAUAUCAGUGCACCAAUAAGCAAUGGAGACAUAAUUCAAACCGUUGUUUUCCGAUAUGAGCGAGAAUUUGUUUCAGUCUCUAGAAAAAUAUAUUAGAGUAUAAAAGACACUGCUUUGAGUGACACGUGUCAUCAUCAUUUGUGAUAAUCUUACGUUUUUGCACAUGAAACAAACAUGAUAUAUAUUACGCUACAACGAAUUGUUUAAGAAAUAUCAUUUGAACGGGUAUAAUUGUGUAUGAUAAAGGCCUAAAAAAAAUCAAUGUUGCUUAUAAUUUAAUGUAUGUAUGUACAUAUAAAAAAUGCAGUGUCCGUCGAUAAGUUUUAUAUUUUCUAAAGUGUUUUUGGCAUACAUCAUUUAUUCGAUAUAUACAUUAUCUUUAUUAUUUGUUGUUCCUUCAUGUGAAAAAGGAAAGCCAUGUCUGAAGUCCUAUCUAUACAAAAAUCCACAAUUGCAGUUAUAUAUUUAUAGUUCCAUAAUGAAGCAUCCAUCAAUAGAGAGAGAAGUUAAUUCUUUAUAUAUGCAGCAAAACUUUGAUUAUACUCAAACACAAAACAUUUCUCUUUCCAUAGAUCUUCCUCGUAAAACACAACAAAAUGGGACAUUAUUUCUACAUGUGAUAUUGGUGCCUAGUUCCCAGAAACAAUUCAAAUCUUUUAAAGAAUUGCAAAAGGAUAUAUUUAUGACAAAUACUAUUAUAGAAUUAACACAAUAUUCAGUACCUGAAGCAAAAGUUUUUAAUUUAUUAGGAGAGCAAGAUGUAACUGUCAGAAAAAAAGAAAAAUAUGUUCAUCCAAUAACGCACAUUAAAAGCAAAGUAACAUUUACAAUAAUGACGGAAGAUAUUGGAUUUCCUAAAGAUAGUGUACCUGUGGAACUUAUAAAUGAUUUAAGGAUAUUAAAUGGUAAUAUAUUUUUACCAAUUAUUAAUUAUGAUUUUUUACAAACUCGACAUCAUGAUCUCUUACAAAUAUCACCACAGAAUAAAACUGUUAAUGUUUCUAUUAUAUAUACUCCAAUAACUCUUGGAAAGUUAAGAUUAAUAUUACAUGUUGAAGAUUCUAUGCAGAGUUUGAAAAACCUUGGAUUUUCAGACAAAGAUAUAGAUGAAAUAAAAGGAAUUUUUGCAGAUACUAACAUAUACUUAUUAGGAGGUACUUUCUUCAUUGCAGCCAUUCAUAUACUGAUUGACUUCCUUGCUUUCAAAAAUGAUGUAAAUUUUUGGAGAAGGAAGAAUAAUCUUGCUGGACUAAGCAAAUGGUCAGUUGUAUGGAGAGCUUUUAGUCAGAUAGUAAUUUUUUUGUAUUUAUUGGAAGAAAAUUCAUCUUUACUUGUACUUAUCCCAACUGGAAUAGGCACUAUUAUAGAGUUAUGGAAAUUGAAAAAAAUAUUAAGAAUAGAAGUAAUUAGUUAUGGUGGAAUUUUUCCAAGAAUCCAGUUUAAUGAAGAUAAUAUCAAUGUUGUUGAGAAGAAAACAAGAGAAUUUGAUAGUGAAAGUAUGCGGUAUCUAAGCUAUUUAUUAUAUCCACUUGUUAUUGGUGCUGCACUUUAUUCACUAAUUUAUCAACAUCACAAAAGUUGGUAUUCCUGGACCAUAAAUUCUCUAGUGAAUGGUGUCUAUGCAUUUGGAUUUUUAUUUAUGCUUCCACAACUUUUCAUUAAUUACAAAUUAAAAUCUGUAGCUCAUUUGCCAUGGAGAGCUUUCAUGUAUAAAGCAUUUAAUACUUUCAUUGAUGAUAUAUUUGCUUUUAUUAUUACAAUGCCAACAGCUCACAGAAUAGCAUGCUUCAGAGAUGAUGCUGUUUUUCUUAUUUAUCUUUAUCAGAGAUGGUUGUAUGCUGUUGAUAAAUCGCGUAUAGAUACUGAUACUAUAACAGAGGAACCUAUACAUUUCAAAAAUACAAUGAAAAAAAUACAGUAAAAAACAAUUAUUAUAUUUCCUUUAUCAAUAUUAUUUAAAAAUACACAAAGGAAAAAAUUUCGAAAAUAUGAAUAUAAUAAGAUUUUAAUCUUUCACAUUCAGUGAAUAAAUGUUUUUUAAUUUAUGAGGGAAGGUCCAGAACUCGAAAAUUUAAACAAGUUAUUCUUUUCUAAAAACAUCCUUCAAAUUUCAGUCUUUUUUUGUUUUUGGUUACCUCUAAAAUCAUUACAGAUAUUGAAUCAUUCUAUAUAAUAAUAAAAAAAAAAAAAGAAAAUGUGGAAACGAUUACAAAAAAGUUAAAAGCAAAAGUUAAUAAAUAAAAAAAAUUUUUAAAUUUGGAAUUUUUUUUAUAAAUAAGAAAUGUUUUGUUCUUUAAUAUAUUAUCAUGUUUUGUUAUUAUUUUUUCACUUUCAGUAAAAAAACAUUUUUGAAGAUUAUAUCUUUCAUUCCUAUUUUACUACAUAAUAAUAGAUAUCAUGAGUCUUUUAACUAUUCAUCAUUCUUAGUUUUAUAAUGGUUUUCCAACAAUGAGUACAGACGUAAUUCUUCAACGAUUUAGAUGAACAAGGUUACAAUUUAAAGAUAAAAAGAUUCAAGCGAGAACAUGACUUUUUUGAACUUUUGAAAAAGCUUUUUUUUAUUAUGUUAAAAAUGAUGUUUUCUCGACAAUAAUUUAUAAAAUAAAGGUUUUUAAAAAAUUCGGAAGAGUCGUGUCCUUACAUAAACCUUUAUAUUUAAAAUAAGACUUUUUUUUAUCAAAAUCAUUAACUUAGAAAUUUAAUAAGUUUCCGACUGAUAAUUUUAUGAUAAAAAUAAGCAAAUACGUGUUGUCGUUCAUGCUAAUGGGUCUUAGGAAUAAUAUAUAAUUUUGGAAUAAUUUUAUAAUUAUAUAAAUAAUGUAUAACGUACAAGAAGUGCAAUAAACUAAUAUUUAAACAAUAA